GUGCCCAGCUUGGACAGACUGUCUGCGUCCUCCUGCGCAACCUGCUUCCCCGAACGCUGCCGCUGCGGAGCCUGGUCCGGGCUGGCCCCUCUGCUACCCCGGGAGCGGGCCAUGCCGCCGCGGGAGCUGAGCGAGGCCGAGCCACCGCCUCUCCCAGCUUCGACCCCUCCUCCACGGCGGCGCAGCGCACCUCCACCUCCGGAGCUGGGCAUCAAAUGUGUGCUAGUGGGUGAUGGCGCGGUGGGCAAGAGCAGCCUCAUCGUCAGCUACACCUGCAAUGGGUACCCCGCGCGUUACCGGCCCACGGCACUGGACACCUUCUCCGUGCAAGUCCUGGUAGAUGGAUCCCCUGUGCGAAUCGAGCUCUGGGAUACUGCAGGGCAGGAGGAUUUUGAACGGCUUCGCUCCCUCUGCUACCCGGAUACUGAUGUGUUUCUGGCUUGCUUCAGCGUGGUGCAGCCCAGCUCCUUCCAAAACAUCACAGAAAAAUGGCUGCCUGAGAUCCGUACUCACAACCCCCAAGCACCUGUGUUGCUGGUGGGCACUCAGGCUGACCUGAGGGAUGAUGUCAAUGUACUAAUUCAACUGGACCAGGGAGGCCGGGAGGGCCCAGUACCCCAACCCCAAGCCCAGGGUCUGGCCGAGAAGAUCCGGGCCUGCUGCUACCUUGAGUGCUCAGCCUUGACGCAGAAGAACUUGAAGGAGGUG